GUCGCCUCCCGGGCCCGAGCCAGCUAGGAUGGCAGCGGCGCUCGGAGCGGCCGGAGGGACGCCGGCGGCGGCGGGGCUCGGAGCGCGGCGCUGAGCCGAGUCUUGCGAAGCUGUGGCUUUCCCUUCCUGAGCAAAAGAUGGUUCUUCUACGGCAGUUUGGGCUUCUUCUCUGGAAGAACUACAUCUUGCAGAAGCGACAGAUUUUGGUCACGAUCAUAGAGAUCUGCCUACCGUUGUUGUUCGCCGCAAUCCUCAUUGCCCUUCGCCACCGGGUACACUCAGUGGACUAUCCCAAUGCCACCAUCUUCAGCAAUCAGUCAGUGGAUAGCCUGCCUCCUUUCUUCCAUCGGAACAAGCCCUGGGAGCUGGCGUAUGUCCCUUCUAACAAUACAGCCGUGAAGAGCAUUGUCGAGGCAGUGGAGGAGGCGUUGCAUGGCUUGCAUAUCACUAUCAAAGGCUUCCCCUCCGAGAAGGAAUUGGAAGCCUACAUCAGAUUUGAUAACCGCUCGGGCAAUGUCCUGGCCGGACUCGUUUUUGAGCACAGAUUUGUACACAGCCAGGAACCUUUGCCUCUGCAGGUUAGUUACCGGCUAAGGUUUAAAUACAGCCCUCGGAAUGCCCCUCGGAGUGAGCAGACAGGCCUGAACCCAAACAUUGAUCGAGAUUGGCACACCAGCUACCUGUUUCCGUUGUUCCAGUUGCCAGGGCCCAGGGAAGCCAAGUACGAAGAUGGAGGGACUCCAGGCUACCACCGAGAAGGCUUCCUUGCAGUGCAGCACGCUGUGGACAAGGCCAUCAUUCGUUACCAUGCCAACGAUUCCGCAACGGACCUGCUUGAGAGGAUAACUGUGGUGGUCCAGCGCUUCCCUUACCCGCCCUACGUCAACGACCUCUUCCUGUUGGCCAUCCAGAACCAGCUCCCUUUGCUGCUCAUGUUGAGCUUCACUUAUACCUCGCUCAACAUUGUGCGUGCCGUAGUGCAUGAGAAGGAGAAGAAGCUGAAGGAGUACAUGCGCAUGAUGGGUCUCAGUAACUGGCUACACUGGAGUGCCUGGUUCCUCAUGUUCUUCCUUUUCCUCUUGGUGUCCAUCUUUUUUGUCACUGUGCUCUUUUGCGUCAAGGUGAGUGAGCAAGGGGCAGUGCUCACGAACAGUGACCCGACCCUGGUGUUCACCUUCCUGGCUGUCUUCUCCAUCUCCUCCAUCUCCUUCAGCUUCAUGGUCAGCACCUUCUUCUCCAAAGCAAACGUGGCGGCGGCUGCUGGCGGCUUCCUCUAUUUCUUCUCCUACAUUCCCUACUUCUUCAUUUCCCCGCGUUAUGACCUCAUGACCCACAGCCAGAAGCUCUCGUCCUGCCUCGUGUCCAAUGUUGGCAUGGCCAUGGGAGCCCAGCUGAUCGGCAUGUUUGAAGGGAAAGGCACCGGCAUUCAGUGGUGGGAUCUGUUGACGCCGGUCAGCGUGGAUGACAAUUUCACCAUGGCUCACGUUCUGGGGAUGCUUCUUCUGGACUCGGUACUGUACGGGUUGGUGGCCUGGUACGUGGAGGCCGUCUUCCCCGGAGAGUAUGGCAUCCCACAUCCCUGGUACUUCUUCAUUAUGCCUUCGUAUUGGUGCAGCAGCCCCCAGACAGUCUUAGGAAAAGAGAAGGAAGAAGAGGAAGACCCAGAGAAAGCCCUGAAAAGCCAGUACAUAGAAGAGGAGCCAUCAGACCUGGUGUCGGGGAUCAAGAUUAAGCACCUCUCCAAGGUGUUCAGGGUGGGGAACAAGAGCAGAGAGGCAGUCCGGGACCUGACCCUUAACAUGUAUGAAGGGCAGAUCACAGUACUUCUGGGGCACAACGGCGCCGGGAAAACGACGACUUUGUCCAUGCUGACAGGACUGUAUCCUCCGACAAGCGGCCAGGCCUACAUCAACGGCUAUGAGAUCUCCCAGGACAUGGUUCUGAUCCGAAAAAGCCUCGGCCUUUGUCCCCAGCAUGAUGUCCUCUUUGAUCACAUGACAGUGGAAGAGCACCUCUUCUUCUACUGUGGGCUGAAAGGUUUCCCUGCAGAGAAGUGCCCAGAGGAGAUUGACCGGAUCCUGCAGAUCCUCAACCUGGAAGAGAAGCGCCAGGCUCUGUCGAAGGCGCUUUCUGGGGGGAUGAAGCGCAAGCUGUCCAUCGGCAUUGCACUCAUUGGGGACUCCAAGGUGGUAAUGCUGGAUGAACCAACAUCGGGCAUGGACCCUGUUUCUCGCCGAGCCACUUGGGAGCUCCUGCAGCAGCAGCGGAGUACUCGCACCAUCCUGCUCACUACGCACUUCAUGGACGAGGCGGAUCUGCUGGGGGACCGCAUCGCAAUCCUGGCGAAGGGAGAGCUUCAGUGCUGUGGGUCCUCACUCUUCCUCAAGCGUAAAUAUGGUGCAGGAUACCACAUGGUGAUGGUCAAGGAGCCCUGCUGUAACCUUGGCGAAAUCUCCCGCCUCAUCUACCACUACGUGCCCAAAGCCACCCUGGAAAGCAACGCUGGAGCAGAGCUUUCUUUCAUUCUUCCCAAAGAGAGCACACACAGGUUUGAGGCUCUGUUCACCGAGUUGGAGUUACGGCGAGAUGAGUUGGGCAUUGCCAGUUACGGUGCCUCCGUCACUACCAUGGAAGAAGUGUUCCUCAGAGUUGGCAAGCUGGUCGACUCCUCCAUGGACAUCCAAGCCAUCCAGCUACCGGCUUUACAGUACCAGCAUGAGCGGCGGUCCAAUGACUGGGCCAUGGAUGACUCCAGCAGCCUGAGCGGAAUGACGGACGUGACAGAUGACAGUGGAGCCCUGAUCACGGAAGACUGCUCCAAUGUGAAGCUAAACACAGGGUUCUACCUCUGCUGCCAGCAGUUUUACGCCAUGUUUAUGAAGAGGGCCGUAUACAGCUGGCGCAAUUGGAAGAUGGUGGCAGCGCAAUUCCUGGUGCCUCUGAUUUUCACCGCCUUCGCCCUGAUUGUAGCCAAGACCUUCCCAGGGCCUAGGGACUCUCCCUUGCUCAAGCUGACCUUAAAUCCAUAUGGCCAGACUACAGUGCCUUUCUCAGUCUCCCAAGAAUCUGUCUUGGCCCAACAGCUAGCAGCACAGUACUCGGAUCUGGUUCGCGCUCAGCAUCAAUGGCCGCUAGAGGUGGCAAAUGAUCUGCUGGAAUACCUGAUUUCUCAAGCAGCCGAAGAGGGAGGGGCCUUCAAUGAGCAUUGCAUCGCAGCUGCCUCCUUCGAGGACAAUGAGAACCAGACGCUGGUCAGAGCGUUCUUCAACAACCAGGCAUAUCAUGCCUCUGCCACAGCUCUGCUGCUAGCUGACAAUGCCUUACUGAAGCUGCUUGCUGGCCCCAAUGCUUCCAUCACUGUGGCCAACUUCCCACAGCCCCGCAACGUGACUGAGACCGCCAAGGACCAGCUUAUGGAAGGCCAGACGGGGUUUGCCAUCGCAAUCAACUUGCUCUAUGGAAUGGCUUCCUUGUCCAGCACUUUUGCACUGCUGCUGGUCAGCGAGAGGGCCAUGAAGGCCAAGCACGUGCAGUUCGUCAGUGGAGUCUACAUCAUCAAUUUCUGGCUAUCCGCCCUCUUGUGGGACCUCAUCAACUUCCUUGUCCCCUGCGUCCUCAUGCUGGUGAUCUUCCAAGCAUUUGAUGUGAAAGCAUUUACUCAGGACAGCCACCUAGUCGAUGUGAUGCAGAUCUUCCUCCUCUACGGCUGGGCCAUCAUCCCUCUCAUGUACCUUCUCAGUUUCUGCUUUUCUGUGGCAGCCACAGCCUACACACGUCUCACCAUUUUCAACAUCUUCUCGGGCACGGCCACCUUUCUGGCGGUCACAAUCAUGAGCAUUCCAGCGCUUGGAAUGGUCGAUCUCUCGAGGUUGCUGGAUAAAGUCUUUUUGAUCCUGCCCAACUACUGCUUGGGGCAGAGCAUCAGUGAUUUUUACCAGAACUACGAGUUCAUUCAGUUCUGCGGCUCUUCUUUCCAGGCUGCAUUGGUCUGUAAAAUGUUCAAUAUUAGUUUCCAAAACAACUAUUUUGCGUGGGAGAGCCCCGGGAUUGGCAAGUACUUGACCUCCAUGGCUGUUCAAGGCCUCUGCUUUCUCCUCCUCCUCUUCCUCAUUGAGACCAACCUUCUUUGGAGAGUGAGAACUGUUGUCUGUGGCAUGUGCCGACGGCGGAAAUGGGUGCUCCUGCUGAACAAAGUUCCUGUGCUGCCAGAAGAUCGGGAUGUUGCUGAUGAAAGAAAGAAGGUCUUGGAGUCACCGCCAGAAGCGCUUUCAUCAUUGAACAGUCCUCUGGUCAUCAAAGAACUUACCAAGGUGUAUAGCAGCAGGGAUUCGCGGCUAGCUGUGGACCGAAUCUCCUUGGCCGUCAACAAGGGCGAGUGCUUUGGCCUCCUUGGCUUCAAUGGGGCAGGCAAAACCACUACUUUUAAGAUGCUGACAGGGGAUGAGAGCAUCACAUCAGGAGACGCUUAUGUCGACGGCCACAGCAUUUUGGCCAAUAUCAAAAAGGUCCAGCAGCGGAUUGGCUACUGCCCUCAGUUUGAUGCUCUUUUGGAUCACAUGACAGGGAGGGAGACCUUGAGUAUGUAUGCCCGGCUGCGGGGCAUCCCUGAGCGCUACAUCGGCAGCUGUGUGGAGAACAUGCUUCGAGGCCUGCUUUUGGAAGCACACGCGGACAAGCUUGUCCGAACAUACAGUGGUGGCAACAAGCGGAAAUUGAGUGCUGGAAUCGCCCUGAUUGGUGGGCCCCCUGUCAUCUUCCUGGACGAGCCCUCCACGGGUAUGGACCCCGUGGCCAGGCGCCUGCUGUGGGAUGCGGUCACCAGGACCCGGGAGUGUGGGAAAUCCAUCAUCAUCACUUCCCACAGCAUGGAGGAAUGUGAGGCCUUGUGCACUCGGCUGGCCAUCAUGGUGAAUGGGCAGUUCAAAUGCCUGGGCAGCCCUCAGCACCUGAAGAGCAAGUUUGGCAGUGGCUACACCCUGCUGGCCAAAACCCAAAGCGAGGAGGAGGACAACCUGCUGGCCUUCAAGACGUUUGUGGAGAAAACUUUCCCAGGGAGUGUCCUGAAGCACGAACACCAAGGCAUGGUCCAUUAUCACCUGACCAAUAAGAAUCUCAGCUGGGCACAGGUGUUCGGGGCACUGGAGAAAGCCAAAGAGAAGUACCAUGUGGAGGAUUAUUCCGUCAGCCAAAUCUCCUUGGAGCAAGUCUUCAUGAGCUUCACUCGUUUUCAGCACUACACAGAAGACCGAGGGAAAUGAGGCAGGGCUGGAGGGGGCGAGGCCUCCGCCUGCUUUGCAGGACUGACCUGCUGCUUAUAUAUAGUAUACAUAGAGACAGUAAUUUAUAUUAUCAACCAUGUCUUCAACAAAGCAGAAGAAGAUGGACAUUCUCUCCGGGCGGCAGGGGCUAGGUGGAGAAACCCUUGCCAGUCACGGUUCCGGGAACAAGAGGAAGAGCGUGCAUGGGGGCGUGUCUGUUUGUGUGAUAGGGUGUAUGUCUGCAUGUGAGAGGCACAGGAAGUGACAGUGAAGUAACCGCCUUCUGAGGCAACCCAUACAUUUUGCUAGCUCUCCCGUCACUUUGAAGCCAACAGAGAGGUGGUGGUCUCAUCAUCAUGGAAAGAAUGAACUCUUGGUUCUGUGACUCGGUACUUAGCAUAUUGUACGCUACAGUACUGGUUUAUCCGUCCCUCUGGAAUUCCCACUGGAUUGGUGUCUAUAUCACUGGCUUCUACAUGCCUCUGUGUGGGGUACUGACAAUGCACAUGUACGUCUGGCUGUGUCUGUCUGCGCAAGAAAACGUCUCCGUCCAUGUACCUGUCUGGCUGAUCCUCGUCUUUCACGAGUUGCCUCCUCCUCGGCCGUGUAAACAGGAAGAAGAAGGAUAUAUUCAACUGACCAGGUUUCCCGCUGUGGGUCUGGAUUGGAUCAAAGGCAUUUUUUUAAAAAGAUAGCGAUGUGAUGCACUAUUGCUUUCCAGAAAACUGUGAGGUCCAGUUCAGCAUCGUUUUAAUUCUCCUAAGAAUUCCAUGGCUGCCUCCUUUGGGGGAGGGUUGCCUGUAUCCAGUCGUGCCCAUUCAUGUCCCUAUUCCCGGUUUUGCAUUUGGAAACUUGUUUGCGCACAUGCUAAAGAGUCAUUCCAAAGGUGGUUUUUGCUGUGGUUUAAAAAGAUGUCGUUUGGUAGUAUCGACUUAUGAAGGCAUUAGUCAGCCAGGAAUUCUGCAGAGGAUUUUCCUAGCUCAGGCUUGUCCGUCCAGCACUUUUGCACGGCUCACGAAUCUGUGAAUGGUUAAGCAAGAUGAGGUUUCAAAGCCUCCUUCACCUAUCACAGGUUCUCACAUGGCUUAAAUGUUGCAAUGCCUUCUGGAGUUAGACGGACCCAGGGUUGUGCAAUAGACAGUGAAGGUCUUGGGUAGCCUAAGUUACUGCUUCAAAAUUGUCCCCCUCCGGCUGUCCUCUGAAACCCUCUAGAAAAGAAUUGCUGAUAGUACAACUGCAUGACUUUAAGCUGUGCAAAGCCUGGGCUUGAAUGCUGCUACAGAAAGGCCAUCAGUGAACAUGGAAAUGUUGCUUCCUGGCUUCAGGUUGCCCCCACCCCCCCAACUCAGCCAAGCAACAUCUAACCGUAAGUGAUGCUCUAGCAAAGCGUUGCCUUAGCAACAGAGCAGGAGCUAACUUCCUCCCUGUCACUCUGAACUGCUCUUCCUCAGAGUGACACUCUAGCAGUGAGUUCCCUUCACCAGGGAAAUCCCACCUCAGGGUGAGCAGUCCAGGUUGUUAAUCUGAAACCACCUGUUUGCAUGUGGGUCCUCCCCCUGCCGCUACUGUUAAUUUUUUCCUUGUAGUGGUUCUUUUUUGUCCCACGUGGUAGGGGAGUGUGAGGGGAUGUCUUUUAAAAGAGUAAUCAUGGGGAAACCCUGGGGAUUUUUUUCUGGCUAAGGCGGCAUCUUCUUUCAAAAUGAUACUGAACUUGUUCAAAUUGAGUGCUUUCUUUAAAAACAGAUUGUGGAUUGGAAGGGAAGGGUUUAAGGAAGCUUUUAUCCUGUAUCUGAAAAGGGAAAUCUGGUUAUUAGCUUUCGUAGGGCCAGGUAUGCUGUGGGCCAAGUGUGCCAACCCCCCUUGCAGCCUUAGAUCAAUGCAGUUCCUCCCUCCAAAAGGGAACCUCGUGCGCUUGUCAAACUUGAAUAGUACCUGCUAAACAGGCAUCUGCUGUGCACUGAGCCCUGUGAAUGCUGCUAGCUAGAUCACCAAAUAAAAUAAAACAAAAGAAUAAAACCCUUGCGCAAACAGGUUGGGGAACUCAGCAAAAAAAAAAAAAAAAAAACCCUAAGCCUUCCAUUCUGUCCCUUGUUCAGUUUCAGCUGUGAGUUAACAUGACUCCUUGUUAGGGACGGACCCAAAUAAGUAAGAAGGGCACCAUCCAUAGCUUGGGCAAGAAACAGGAAGUGCACACUCCCCCCCCCUCCAAAUAUGGUGUUAGCACCUGUUUCUCAUGUGCCUGUGGUAAACCAGGAACUGCCCAGUCCAACAAGUAGAAUAAGUAUCUUUGAGAGUCCACCAUCUCUUCCUCUUUAGAGGAGUCAGUCCCACUACUGUAGGAUUUGAUUUUCAUGUACUUCAACCAGCAAACCCCCCCCCCCCCCCAGUUCCUGGCCCGCCCACCCAGCUGCCUGAGAGAUCAUCCAAUAAUCCACCUACUGGAUGAUGUAAUACGUCACAUCUGUAGUUAUGCUGUAUGUGAGUGGAAUUUGAUGUCUAGGAAGUCUGGGCUAGCAGAUUUUUUAAAAAUAAGUUUACAAACCUAAAGGCGGUCGCUAGAAGCUUGAAGAUGUUGGAGCAGUAUCUUCUGAAAUCUGAAAUCUUCCAGUGCUCAAGGGGCAGAGUUUCCACUGCUCCGCAUAAUACAUCUGUCCAGAUGGGCAGCCAGAGUAGAAUAAACCAUGCCAGGAAGCUGUUAUUUACGCACAGUGGCUGAAUGUACUUAGGAUGCUAAUUUGGACUUUUCCUAAAAUAGAGUUUGGAUUCCUGUUGCCCAAGGCAUUCAUAACCUGACAUUUCACUGUCAGUCUGCGACCCACCCCCCACCCCCCUUCUUCCUUAAGCAAGUAAGGAGCGCACAUGAACUUUGAGGGAAGAAUUGUUACUAUCCUGUCAGUUUGGAUAUCAAAAGGGACUCUUUCAACUUUGUGUUCUGCUCACAGUUUUGGACUUGUCUUUAGUGGAUGUCAGCCAUCACACGUGAUGCCUGCCUGAGUGGAUUCCAGAAACAUGAAAAUUCAGUCUCUGGUGUUACGUUUAUUUGAUUACUUGCCUUUGAAUGAUUUGCCACCUGAGUUCUGGAGAAAGGGUGAGAAAGGAAUGAUUGAUUACUUCCUGCUUCUCAUUCAGUUUUACUUUUGGAGUUUAAAAGGCCUUGUGCUGGGCCGUGGCAUUAUCCAUCCAUGGACAGUUCACACUCUGGUGUUUAUGCAACUGAUGAUGCAACAGCCCUGAUAAAAUCCCACGUACUCUGUUGAGUCUCUCUGAUGUGUCUGUGAGGUUAAAAGAGAAUGUGUCCAGGCUGUUUAUGAAAUCUGAACCUUGCCCUGGAAAUAACUAUGCAUGUUCCAAGAGAUGCUGCCAAUUUUCCCCUUAGCAUAACUCAAACCGUCCAAGAUACCUGUGUGUGUUGUGCAUGGUUUGCCAGCUCUGAUCUGUGAAGAAAGAUCCCGGUGGUGUAGAGGUCCUUGAUAAAGGGGUUAGUGGACAGAGUUGAUCUCUCCUCCCCUGUCUCUGGCUCCUACUUACAAUACCAGGCAGCCAAAGAAAGCAUUCAGACAAGGGAUAUCAGGUGUGUGUUCCUUGUCUUUUUUUAAAUAAGCAUGUUGGCUUCUAUUGUCCUUUUUCCUCCUUGCUCUUAUUUUCCGUGUUGGUGAUCAUAUUCCAUCCGGUUUAACCACGAGAGCCUAAAGUGCUGUGGUACUCUGAUGCAGGAGGUCUGAACGUUGCCCCUGUUCCUGUUAAUGAAUUAAUUGACCCUGAUCUUCUCCAGUGUAAGCCUGCAGGCCACUUACUUAGGAGGGACCCAAACCAUCUACAGCCCUGCAUCCCAAAGGAAUGGGGCAGAACAGCAUUUGCACCGGCCCCAUCUGAGAUUCAGGUAGCUGGCUUCUGGGGGUAGCAGUGGGUCCCACCCACCUCACACAAGCUGAGAGCCUGAGUGUGUGCGUGGCAGAGAUUCUGUGACCCCAUCCCAUACCUUUGCCCUGGGCCGCAGAAUCUCCAAGAUCACCCCUCAUUUCAUGGAACACACAACAUCCACAUGCACCCAUAUUGACAGCAGGCCUCAGCUGUCCCAUGCAAAAACAUUUGUGGAAUGAGAGCCAGUUUGGUGUAGUGGUUAAGAGCACGGGACUCUAAUCUGGAGAGCCGGGUUUGAUUCCCCACUCCUCCGCUUGAAGCCAGCUGGGUGACCUUGGGUCAGUCGCAGUUCUCUGGCGCUCUCUCAGCCCCACCCACCUCACAGGGUGUUUGUUGUUGUGGGGAUAAUUACAUACUUUGUAAACUGCUCUGAGUGGGCAUUAAGUUGUCCUGAAGGGUGGUAUAUAAAUCUAAUGUUAUUAUUAUUAUUAUAUAUGGAGGCUAAUCUUCACAUGCAGAGGGAAGAGAGAUGCAGGUGUGGUUUGCAAGACUUUCCUUUUGUCUGUCACUUCCCUUCAUCAUAUUUCAGAGAAGCUCUGGUCCUUUUAAAACAUCAAUUUCAUGAUUAAUUUCAUGAUUAACGUGGUCCCCCAUAUUUGCAUGUAAUCAGGACAUAGAGCUGACAUCUUUGACAGCUUUAAGCACUCAUGUGGUCUCAAAAUCACCAGUUUUAAAUUGCAACAGUGAUCCCUUCCUCAAACCAGUAAAAUAUGUUACAUCCUGGUGAGCUGUGGGCAAUCAGAUCUUGCUCCUACCUUUUCUCUACCAUGUUACAGUUUGCAGCCAAUCCCCUCGAGAACUUUUCUCCUAAGCUUUAGACCAGUAAACUAGAGCAUUCCUGAAGUACCUUGGAAACAUACUCAGGGUUCCGCAGUGAAUGGUAAGAUGCUGUUUGUCUUGUCAUUAGGAGCAGGGCUUUUUUUCAGCUGGAAUGCGGUGGAACAAAGUUCCAGCACCUCUAGAAAGUGAUCACAUGGCCAGUGGCCCCACCCCCUGAU